GCAUCUCCUACCGGCUCAUUUUCAUUGGCCAAAGUCCCCACACUCAUGUGCUGGUAGAGAGUAAACUUGCAAGAUGGCGGUGCGGUGGGGCGCAAGCGAGGAGACUUUAACGACGUGCAAUAUGGAUUUUUAUCCUUUGGAUACACUCGGCGGCGUGACCGCUGAGCUUUGCUCUGGGGAAACAUUGGACGAUCUUCAGAGCUGCUUGGACUCUUCCAUUCUUUCCAUCUUUGACACAUCGUCCGUAGAGACUAAAGGCCUAGACGAGAACAGUGAAGCCACGCUGUUAACCACUCUUGCGGACGUACUCGACAAUAUGGAUGAUGAGAACCCGUCUCCGUUUGACACGCUCCCUGAGUCGGACCUGCUGUCGGGUCAGGGCAGAGAACACUCGCCGCUCAGGAGAUUACUCUGUCUGCCACGGUCCACUCCAGAGAAAGACUUGUUUUGUUCAAGACCACUAUCGACUGGAAAGAACCUCCGCAUGAUGAGAGACAUGUUGCAAAGAAGUGACGGGGAGGAAGAGGAUGCUGGUUCUCUCACGCUGACCAGUUUACCUUCUGACCACAUUUUGACAGACUUAGACGGUUCAACUGUUCCGUCUCCUGUCACCGUUGAGCAGGAGAGUGGCAACGGCCUUUCUGUUAGUCUGGGUGACUUGGUCAAACAUAUGCAUCCAUACUGCAUGACCAUUUGCAUGGAGGAUGAUGAAGGCAUGCAGAUGUUGCCAGCAGGCGGAAUCUUACUGGAGGUGGUGGAUCAGGGUGAAAACGGGGAGCCCAUCCUCGCUGUCCAAGACCUCCCAGUUCCUCUGCCACUUGAAGAGUCUACAGCUCAUAAGCUAAGGGCAGACGAUGAGGAAGAAAUAGCUUCUGACAGCUCGGAACAUAUUGUUGUUGAUGAUGUUGAUGAAUCAUUCUGUCCGGCUCCGGUGAAAAUGACAGGUUUAUGUUCAGAUGGGAAAGAAAGAAAAGGGCAUAAGGAAAAUACGAUAGAAAGAAGGCCAUCUCGUAAGAAAAAGAAGAAGAAAUGUAAGAAACGUUGCCCUCCGGUGGAGGGAAGAGUCCUCAGAAGUGCCGCGACAAGAAAUGAAAAGCAAGAAUUAAUCCAGAAGUCUGAAAAGAAGCGGCUCAAGGAACAGAAGAAGAACAAAGGGCCCAUGGCUCCAGCUGGCCCUGCACCUCCCUCUUUAAAACCUAGGGAAGUAAUGCCACAGCAAAGUGAAUCGCAAGCAGAAAUCUCCACUAUGACCCCUGAAUCGAGUGCAAAAUCUGUUCCGACGUUUGUGUCGCCACAGCCCACAGUAGUGUUAAAAGCUGGCCUUUCUGGAAAUCCAGCCCCAGCAGUCUCCUCCCAGCAGCAGGAUAAAAUGUCCCGAGCUCCUGAUGAGCUCUCCAGCCAACCUUCCUCAAUGUCUUCCAGCAACCCUGCAGGUGCUCUAAAGUUGACAUUGACCGGAGAUGAGCCCCUCCUUCCUGAGACUCCUGCAGCUCCAGAGCCAAAGCCCAAGUCCCUCAGUCUGGCCGAGUACCGACGACUGCGACAACAAAAGAAGCCCGUUGCGGUGGAUAAACAAGGCGAUAACAGCACCAAGUGGCCCAGCCUUCCGGAGCCGCCCAAAGAAUUGCCCCCUAUCCCCUGCUUGCCUCAACCCAGCCCCAGGGACCCUCGGUGGUCCACCUUUCAAGCUGCUAAAAAGGAGAUUGAGGUCAAACCGGCCUGGCAACCUCGGGGACCCUGUGCCCCACCCACCCCGGAGGCACUGUUGGUGCCACCCGCCUACAUGAUGGCCUCAACCAAAAAACCUUGUAAUGCUGUCCCUGCACAAUCAGAAGUGUCAAAACAAGUCUCGAGCCAACCUACAGACAAAUGUCCUAAACUGUCAGAAGACAAAACACAAGUCAAUGAGAGGAGAUCACAACUUGUCAAAGCAACUACAGAGACAAUCCAGUGCACCUCUGGCGCGACCAUUCCUGUCCCCGGUCCACUGCAGACGGCCCCAGUUUGCCAGAAUGUGCCUGAGGUCAUUCCUCACUCCACGCCUUCCUCAAACAAUCACGGCACGACCGCAAAGGCCUUGACAACGAAUGUCAAAUCUUGUUCGACUCCUUCCCUUCGCCCCAUGGCAUCAUCAAGUCUUAAAUCAAACCUGGUUGUGCUUAAACCAAAAUCACGAGUCGUGACGCAAAUUGAAGCUGCAAAGACAAAGAGUCCCACGCAGGAGUUGAUUGAGUCCUUCACCACGGAAAUGGGUAUUGAGGCAACUGAUCUAACCAGCCUGCUGGAACAGUUUGAGGAAACGCAAGCCAAAGAGCAACAAAGUGUACCGGAGGUCUCUGGUAGAGCAGCAGCUGUAGGAAACUCUGGUUUCGAACUUCCACGCGAAAGAACUGUUGUGGAGCGUGUCAGUGAUCUCUCAAGCCCUGCAGCUUUGACUCCUCCAGCCACGCCUCCACACCAGAUGUGGAAACCUCUAGCCUCCAUUUCUCUGCUGGGAAAGGCAAAGUCCACAGAGUUGACCAAAACAAACCUCUCCAAGGCCAUUCAAAUAGAGGCCCGCCCUUUGACCUCAGCCAAAUUUCGUGCCAAGCCCACAGCGGCUACCGCCACUGUGCCUUACAGUGUGGUGUGCAUGGAUCACGAUUACUGCCUCCCCAGCAGAGAUGUUUCUACUGGAGGAGCAGGCAACCGCUGGAAUCUCAAACAGCAGAUCACAAUCAAACCCAUAAGGAACCCGGCUCCAGCCACGACGGCACCUCCAUGCAUACAGGACACGACCCACCGAUCAAAUUUAAACACGCAAGCAUCUUCACCAACUCCUGAGGCUUUAAAUAACAACAUUCAUGGGAUGGGGGCAUCCUCUGUUCUGGAGACUCCGGAAGCUUCUCCAGCACGUCAGGAGAACGAAUCAGCCGAAACAGCUCUUGGGAAGAAGCCUUUUGAAAGGUCAUAUCAUUGCCAGCCUUCCUCUCACAGUCCCAGCCCCAAACGGAGGGGGCGAAAACGAAGAUCCCAACGCUCGCCAUCUGUAUCCAGUGGCUCAGAGUCUGAUUCGUGCUCAUCUCAGUCUAGAUCGAGAUCCCGCUUGCCAUCCAAGAAAAGGUUUCGUCAUUGCCACUCUCGCAGCAGAUCCAGCUCCUCAUCUCGCUCGUCUUCACGGUCCUCCGUCUCCCGCUCUCCUCCCAGGAGGAGAAAAUACUCGUAUUCCUCCUCUCACUCUGGUUCUUGGAGUCGAUCAAGAUCGCGGUCACAAUCCCCCCAGAGUCGAGCGCCAUGGAGAAAAAACAGAUCAGUUUAUAGUCCUUCGUAUGGAAGGGCGUACGGGUACUCUGCUGAGGAUGUGAAGUCUCGCAAAGACCAAGCCAUUGAGGAGCGGCGGGUUGUUUACGUUGGUCGGAUUCGAGGCACAAUGACUCAGAAGGAGCUCAGAGAGCGUUUUUCCUACUUUGGCAAAGUGGAGGAUUGCACUCUGCACUUUAGGGAGCAAGGGGACAACUAUGGGUUUGUGACUUACUACAGCACCAAGGAUGCUUUCACUGCCAUUGAAAAUGGAAGCAAGCUGCGUAAGGCUGAUGAGCUGCCCUUUGAUUUGUGCUUUGGUGGAAGAAGGCAGUUCUGCAAAACCACCUAUGCUGACCUAGAUUCUAACAGAGACUAUGACCCUGGAUUUGCAAAAGGCAAGCUGAAGACACUAGACUUCGACACUUUACUCAAGCAGGCGCAGCAGAGUCUGAAGAGGUAACAGGAGGCUGUCGCAGGGAGCAGCCAACACUUACCUCGAGAGCUAAACUUGACUUUUCAGUUUGUUGUGGCAUUGUAUUUUUGUUGUUUCAAUGUCUUUUGUCUGGGCAAGUUUAAUACCUUCUAUUGAAGAGCUGUAUAAUUAAAUGAGUAAAAGACAUUUAAAAAAAAAGAAAAAAGGCAAAAUGUGACUUUUUUAAAUGUUUAUCUUAAAAUUUAAAAACAAAAUGUCUGGAGAGAAUCACUUUUAAAGAGCAAACCAAUUGGGGCUCUCAAAUGUUGUGAAAGGAUGUAUUAUAUUCACGUGUACUGCAAACAGCAAUUAAAACCGUGAACCUGAA